UGGGCAGUGUCGGUGGCUGGCCUGGCUCUUCGUCCCAGGGAGGAGGCUCUGAGCCGGCUGGGGUUGAGCGCCCCUGCGGCCGCAGCAGGCACCCCUGAGCCGCACUCCGCACGCUGUUCCUGAAUCUCCCCUCCAGAACCGGAGCAGUGUCUCUACCCAGUUCAGUGACCUUCGUCUGUCUGAGCCCUGGUUAAUUUUUGCCCAGUCUGCAGGCUGUGGGGCUCCUCCCCUUCAGGGAUAUAAGCCUGGUCCGAAGCUGCCCUGUCCCCUGCCCGUCCUGAGCCUCCCCGAGCUCCCUUCUCACCCUCACCAUGGCCAAGGGAUUCUACAUUUCCAAGGCCCUGGGCAUCCUGGGCAUCCUCCUCGGCGUGGCGGCCGUGGCCACCAUCAUCGCUCUGUCUGUGGUGUACGCCCAGGAGAAGAACAAGAAUGCCGAGCAUGUCCCCCAGGCCCCCACGUCGCCCACCAUCACCACCACAGCCGCCAUCACCUUGGACCAGAGCAAGCCGUGGAACCGGUACCGCCUACCCACAACGCUGUUGCCUGAUUCCUACAACGUGACGCUGAGACCCUACCUCACUCCCAACGCGGAUGGCCUGUACAUCUUCAAGGGCAAAAGCAUCGUCCGCUUCAUCUGCCAGGAGCCCACCGAUGUCAUCAUCAUCCAUAGCAAGAAGCUCAACUACACCACCCAGGGGCACAUGGUGGUCCUGCGGGGCGUGGGGGACUCCCAGGUCCCAGAGAUCGACAGGACUGAGCUGGUAGAGCUCACUGAGUACCUGGUGGUCCACCUCAAGGGCUCGCUGCAGCCCGGCCACAUGUACGAGAUGGAGAGUGAAUUCCAGGGGGAACUUGCCGACGACCUGGCAGGCUUCUACCGCAGCGAGUACAUGGAGGGCAACGUCAAAAAGGUGCUGGCCACGACACAGAUGCAGUCUACAGAUGCCCGGAAAUCCUUCCCAUGCUUUGACGAGCCAGCCAUGAAGGCCACGUUCAACAUCACUCUCAUCCACCCUAACAACCUCACGGCCCUGUCCAAUAUGCCGCCCAAAGGUUCCAGCACCCCACUUGCAGAAGACCCCAACUGGUCUGUCACUGAGUUCGAAACCACACCUGUGAUGUCCACGUACCUUCUGGCCUACAUCGUGAGCGAGUUCCAGAGCGUGAAUGAAACGGCCCAAAAUGGCGUCCUGAUCCGGAUCUGGGCUCGGCCUAAUGCAAUUGCAGAGGGCCAUGGCAUGUAUGCCCUGAAUGUGACAGGUCCCAUCCUAAACUUCUUUGCCAAUCAUUAUAAUACACCCUACCCACUCCCCAAAUCCGACCAGAUUGCCUUGCCCGACUUCAAUGCCGGUGCCAUGGAGAACUGGGGGCUGGUGACCUACCGGGAGAACGCGCUGCUGUUUGACCCACAGUCCUCCUCCAUCAGCAACAAAGAGCGAGUUGUCACUGUGAUUGCUCACGAGCUGGCCCACCAGUGGUUUGGCAACCUGGUGACCCUGGCCUGGUGGAAUGACCUGUGGCUGAAUGAGGGCUUUGCCUCCUAUGUGGAGUACCUGGGUGCUGACCACGCAGAGCCCACCUGGAAUCUGAAAGACCUCAUCGUGCCAGGCGACGUGUACCGAGUGAUGGCUGUGGAUGCUCUGGCUUCCUCCCACCCGCUGACCACCCCUGCUGAGGAGGUCAACACACCUGCCCAGAUCAGCGAGAUGUUUGACUCCAUCUCCUACAGCAAGGGAGCCUCGGUUAUCAGGAUGCUCUCCAACUUCCUGACUGAGGACCUGUUCAAGGAGGGCCUGGCGUCCUACUUGCAUGCCUUUGCCUAUCAGAACACCACCUACCUGGACCUGUGGGAGCACCUGCAGAAGGCUGUGGAUGCUCAGACGUCCAUCAGGCUGCCAGACACUGUGAGAGCCAUCAUGGAUCGAUGGACCCUGCAGAUGGGCUUCCCCGUCAUCACCGUGGACACCAAGACAGGAAACAUCUCACAGAAGCACUUCCUCCUCGACUCCGAAUCCAACGUCACCCGCUCCUCAGCGUUCGACUACCUCUGGAUUGUUCCCAUCUCAUCUAUUAAAAAUGGUGUGAUGCAGGAUCACUACUGGCUGCGGGAUGUUUCCCAAGGUAAGCCCCUCUCCUUGGCAUUGCCCCAGUGGCCUGAGGGCCAGCUGCUGCCAGGCUGCAGGAGGGACUGCUCUGCUGAAGCCUGGGGAGAGGAGGGCCGGGGGUCAGGUCAGUCCAUGGCCUUCUCAGCAGCCCCUCCCCGGCUCUGCUCCCUCCCCACAGCCCAGAAUGAUUUGUUCAAAACCGCAUCGGACGAUUGGGUCUUGCUGAACAUCAACGUGACAGGCUAUUUCCAGGUGAACUACGACGAGGACAACUGGAGGAUGAUUCAGCAUCAGCUGCAGACAAACCUGUCGGUCAUCCCUGUCAUCAAUCGGGCUCAGGUCAUCUACGACAGCUUCAACCUGGCCACUGCCCACAUGGUCCCUGUCACCCUGGCUCUGGACAACACCCUCUUCCUGAACGGAGAGAAAGAGUACAUGCCCUGGCAGGCCGCCCUGAGCAGCCUGAGCUACUUCAGCCUCAUGUUCGACCGCUCCGAGGUCUAUGGCCCCAUGAAGAAAUACCUCAGGAAGCAGGUCGAACCCCUCUUCCAACAUUUCGAAACUCUCACUAAAAACUGGACCGAGCGCCCAGAAAAUCUGAUGGACCAGUACAGUGAGAUUAAUGCCAUCAGCACUGCCUGCUCCAAUGGAUUGCCUCAAUGUGAGAAUCUGGCCAAGACCCUUUUCGACCAGUGGAUGAGCGACCCAGAAAAUAACCCGAUCCACCCCAACCUGCGGUCCACCAUCUACUGCAAUGCCAUAGCCCAGGGCGGCCAGGACCAGUGGGACUUUGCCUGGGGGCAGUUACAACAAGCCCAGCUGGUAAAUGAGGCCGACAAACUCCGCUCAGCGCUGGCCUGCAGCAACGAGGUCUGGCUCCUGAACAGGUACCUGGGUUACACCCUGAACCCGGACCUCAUUCGGAAGCAAGACGCCACCUCCACUAUUAACAGCAUUGCCAGCAAUGUCAUCGGGCAGCCUCUGGCCUGGGAUUUUGUCCAGAGCAACUGGAAGAAGCUCUUUCAGGACUAUGGCGGUGGUUCCUUCUCCUUCUCCAACCUCAUCCAGGGUGUGACCCGAAGAUUCUCCUCUGAGUUUGAGCUGCAGCAGCUGGAGCAGUUCAAGAAGAACAACAUGGAUGUGGGCUUCGGCUCCGGCACCCGGGCUCUGGAGCAAGCCCUGGAGAAGACCAAGGCCAACAUCAAGUGGGUGAAGGAGAACAAGGAGGUGGUGUUGAAUUGGUUCAUAGAGCACAGCUAAUAGUGCCUGGUCCUUCCCGCCACCUGGCCCCCCGCACAAGAUGCCCGCAUGUGUCCAUCCCAGGGCCCACGGCAGGGCCCAUGUUCCUGAAGCCCGAGGCACCUGCGUCCUCCCUUUAGGGACAAAGCCUGUGGCCCAUGUUAUCUCCAUUCUGCCCUGGGGCCCAAUCCAGUUUCUGGUGACCAGACUGUCCAGGUGUCUCCCAGCCACUGCCCCUUGUGCCAACCCCACCCUGGGCCUGGCCCAGGGCCCUUCUCAGGGAAGUCCAGCUCCAAGGCCAGAUGAGCAGAAGCCCUUGAUGGAUGAUGGAUGGCCUUGAAGAACUGCCCUCUACCCUCUCUCCCCUUUUUCCAUAAAGACCCUGAACCUGAGAAUCAACAGGGCAUCAGAUCUGUAUAUUUUUUUCCUAGGAGUAAAUGUAAAUAAAGGAUUUCUAGAUGAGC